AUGAAUACACAAAGUCCCUCCGCACUUCUUUCCUCCUCCGUAGCUUCUCUCCGAUCCUCUCUCACUACCUUGGACAACAGCAUCUCAAUACUUGAUUCCGGAAUAUCAGAUUUCCCACGUUUAAAGUCUGUUCUUAGUACUACUAGAGUAUGCCUCCUUUCGUCUUUCCCAUAAAGAUCACGCCGAAUCCCCGUCUCCUCCAUCUACAUCUAAAUCUACAAACCACCGCAAUCUCAAAUUCCCCCCAAAAUAAACAUAAACUAACCGAACCCCCAGCAUUUCGAACUAACCCCCUCCACUACCCUCCACGCGGCCCAGCGUUCCCUAGCCGAAGAACUCGAACCCGCAAUCGAAACACUCCUCUCGCGCUCCGAAUCCCUAAUCUCCCGUCUCCAACGAAAAGAAGAACAAUUAAUCGCCCGCUCCCAACUACUAUCCGGGCGUCUCGAAUCCUCCACUUCUUCUAGUACAAACCCUACAUCUAAAGCUUCGAAACUAAGUCGAAAGAAAAGCUGGGAAUUGGGUUUGAAUAAAAGUGGAAGUGCAAGUGGAGGGGGAAAUGAGGAAAAGGCUAUGAGGUUGAAGGUGUUGAGGCAGAAGAAGGAGAGAUUGGGAUAUGCGGUUGAGAGGUUGGGACUGCAGAGUCAGCAGAGACAGAGACAGUUGAGGAUGAGUGUUGCGCCGCCGGCUUUUGAUGAGUGAUUUUUGGGAAUCUGGCCAAGCAUUUGCGGCAAGGGAUAUUGAGGACGAGUUCCCUUGAGUAUCAAGCAUUCCGGAUCGCUAUUAUGUAACCCCUCCUCCCAAUCGGACAAAUUUUGUUCUAAGGAGGGGCAUGCCAUUUCGGAAAUCGAUCCAUCCUAUCGCCCACCUUAUACCAAUACCCAAAUCCCGCAAAGUCAACCCCGAUCCAGCUUCAUCGCUACAAUUCGGUUCGAGCUUUGUUAUAUGCCAGAGGUCGCAUUCGAACAUGGACAAAAGUGAAUGGUAAGGAAUUCGUUGCACUGGAAAGGAAUAGCAGAAGAUGCAAGCGGGCUAUGAUGAUAUGAAGUUUGCUACGUAUAUUGUGAAUUAUGCGAUGAGGAUAUCCCUUGGUGCUGUGCUUAGCAAUGCAUGUAGCAUAUUCUUCCUGAGAGUUCUUGAUCUUGUUUUAAGUGGGGAUUGAACUGUGUAUGAAAUCCUUCUCAGGGGAACAUAGGGAAAGUUAAAUGCACGACAAUGAUAGCCUCUCUGGCUCAGCUUCAUUAAAGGAAACGUGGAAGUUUAAUUUACUGGAUAUAGACAUAAAUAAACUCAAAUCC